AUGCAGCACUCAGAAAAAAGGACCAAACAAGAUGAACACAACACCCAAACCUCCACGACUCCGCCACCAACCACCGUGGAGGAAGUUUUCUCCGUCACCGGAGAUAUGGAGACUUGCCGGAUUUGCCGGAUAAACGGGUGCCUCGGCUGCCACUUCUUCACCGGCGAUGACGAGGCUGCGCAGAAUACGAAGAGGAAAAAGAAGAAGAAGAAGAAUAACUAUAGAGGGGUGAGGCAGAGGCCGUGGGGAAAAUGGGCGGCGGAGAUCAGAGACCCGCGCAGGGCGGCCCGUGUGUGGCUCGGGACAUUCGGGAACGAGGAGGACGCGGCUCGGGCUUACGACCGUGCCGCUAUCGAGUUCCGGGGGCCGAGGGCGAAGCUCAAUUUCCCGUUUGCGGAUUACACGGGGGGCUCCUCGUCCUCUAAUUACCGGUUGGAGAACGAAGGAAAAUCAUCGUCGGUGGAAAUUAUUGGUUCGAGCAGUAGUAGCACUCGUAAUCAUUUGAGCGGGAAAAUACAAAGCGAGUGUCGGGAAAUGACGGUUGGGAAGGAGGAGAUCGAGGAGUGGGUGACGUUGAUGAACUCCGAUAAUGGCGACUCGUCGGAUUAUGUUAAUGCCGGAGAUAAUAAUCUUCGUAAUAUGUAA